AUGGUACAUAGACAUGCGUUUGAAGCUUUAGAUAGAACAUUAAAAGAUAUUUUUGUCGAUAAAAGCAAUUGUCAGUCUGAUGUUUUGUUUGGAGGUAAGGUUAUCGUUUUUGGUGGUGAUUUUAGACAAAUUCUUCCUGUUAUUCCAAACGGAAGUAGGCAAGAAAUUGUUAACGCUUCGUUGAGUUCAUCCUAUAUAUGGCCCCAUUGCAAGUUACUUACUUUGACCAAAAACAUGAGAUUGACUCUUGGUGUUUUACCAUCUACAGUCGAGUCGACAAAGAGAUUUGCCCAAUGGCUUCUUGAUAUUGGCGAGGGUAAAGUUGGAGGGGAUAAUGAUGGUGUAGCAACUGUAGAAAUACCAUCUGAUUUGUUAAUCACAGAUUCUUUGGAUCCCAUCGAAAGUUUAAUUCAAUUUGUAUAUCCAUCUGUUCUUGAAAGAUAUAAGGAUCGAGAUUAUUUUUCUGAAAGGGCGAUUCUGACACCAAAAAACGAGGUGGUACAUGAAAUAAAUGAUCGACUACUAGAAUUGUUUCCUGGUGAACCAACAGAGUACCUGAGUUCUGAUAGUAUAUGUGAGACGGAGAAAGGUAUCGAUUCAUUCCAACAAGAGUUGUAUUCACCUGAUGUCCUUAAUGGUUUAAAGAUAUCUGGUUUACCUAAUCAUCGUUUGGUUUUAAAACUUGGAGUUCCAAUUAUGCUUCUUAGGAACAUUGAUCAGCAAAAUGGUUUGUGUAAUGGUACAAGGUUACAGGUUACCUUUCUUGGAAAGAGGGUUAUAGAAGCUGAAAUUAUAUCAGGUGCUAAUGUCGGAACCAGAACAUUCAUACCAAGAAUUAGUAUGAUUCCCUCCGACAAAAAAAUUCCUUUUGCUUUUCAAAGACGACAGUUUCCUGUUGCUGUGUGCUUUGCUAUGACGAUCAACAAGAGUCAAGGCCAAUCUUUAUCUAAGGUUGGAUUGUUUUUAAAAGAGCCCGUUUUUACACAUGGCCAGCUAUAUGUAGCAUUAUCAAGAGUUAAAUCAAGGGAAGGUGUGAAGAUGUUAAUUCUUGAUAAGGAUGGCAAACCUACCAACACAACAACUAAUGUGGUUUACAAAGAAGUGUUCACACACUUAUGA